AUGGAAAUAUUUACAAAAAAUAAAAAGCCAAUAACUAUUUUAGAAGCAUGUAUGGAAUAUAAAAAAAUAGGUUUCAAUAAAUUAGACAAUGAAUCAGAUACAGAGAGUCAAGCAGAUCCAACAGUAUCUGGUGAUGAAAAUAGUAAUGAAGAUAUCUUUUCUACUAUGGUAAUGCAUCUUCAAGAACAAUCAAGUCAGCAAGAUAAUAAUACUAGUUAUAGAUAG